CCCGCCCCCGGUUAGCACCGCCCCGGCCCCGCCAGCAGCAGCGGAGCGAGCGGCGCGCCCGCCGCCGCCGAGGAUGAAGGUGACCGUAGACUUCGAGGAGUGCCUGAAGGACUCGCCGCGCUUCAGGGCAGCUUUAGAAGAAGUAGAAGGAGAUGUGACAGAACUGGAACUGAAACUUGACAAGCUGGUGAAGCUUUGUAUUGCAAUGAUUGAUACUGGGAAAGCGUUCUGUACAGCCAACAAGCAGUUCAUGAAUGGAAUUCGAGACCUUGCACAAUAUUCCUGUAAAGAUGUGUUGGUUGAGACCAGCUUGACAAAGUUCUCUGAUACCUUACAGGAAAUGAUCAAUUAUCACAAUAUCCUGUUUGACCAAACCCAAAGAUCAAUUAAAGCACAGCUUCAGACUUUUGUUAAAGAAGAUAUUAGGAAAUUUAAAGAUGCAAAGAAACAGUUUGAAAAAGUUAGUGAAGAGAAAGAGAACGCUCUAGUAAAAAAUGCUCAAGUUCAAAGAAAUAAGCAACAUGAAGUAGAGGAAGCAACCAAUAUUUUGACUGCAACACGGAAAUGUUUUCGACAUAUAGCUCUGGACUAUGUUCUUCAGAUCAACGUUCUUCAGUCUAAACGGAGAGCAGAAAUCUUAAAAUCGAUGUUAUCCUUUAUGUAUGCCCAUCUGGCUUUUUUCCAUCAAGGCUAUGAUCUUUUUGGUGAAAUUGAGCCCUAUAUGAAAGAUCUUGGUGCACAGCUGGAUCAGUUGGCUGUAGAUGCUGCAAAGGAGAAGAGAGAUAUGGAGCAAAAGCACUCCACUAUUCAACAAAAGGAUUAUUCCAGUGAUGAUACUAAACUGGAAUACAAUGUAGAUGCAGCCAAUGGUAUUGUUAUGGAAGGUUAUCUGUUUAAGCGAGCCAGCAAUGCCUUCAAGACUUGGAACAGGAAAAAGCCAGAUCACAUCAGGCGCUGGUUCUCAAUACAAAAUAACCAACUUGUAUACCAGAAGAAAUUUAAGGAUAAUCCCACAGUAGUUGUUGAAGAUUUGCGGCUUUGCACAGUUAAGCACUGUGAAGACAUAGAAAGGCGUUUCUGUUUUGAGGUGGUUUCUCCAACAAAAAGCUGCAUGCUUCAGGCUGACUCGGAAAAGCUGCGGCAGGCAUGGAUUAAGGCUGUUCAGACCAGCAUUGCUACGGCAUAUAGGGAGAAAGGGGAUGAAUCUGAGAAACAGGAAAAGAAAUCAUCCCCUUCUACUGGAAGCCUGGAAUCUGGCAGCGAGACAAAAGAGAAGUUGUUAAAGGGAGAAAGUGCUCUACAGCGAGUUCAGUGUAUUCCUGGUAAUGCCGCCUGCUGUGAUUGUGGUUUGGCAGAUCCUCGCUGGGCCAGUAUCAACCUAGGAAUCACCCUGUGCAUUGAGUGCUCUGGGAUACACAGGAGCUUGGGAGUCCACUUUUCAAAAGUAAGAUCUUUAACACUGGAUUCAUGGGAACCUGAACUUCUAAAGCUUAUGUGUGAAUUGGGAAAUGGUGUUAUAAAUAGAAUAUAUGAAGCGAGGUUGGAAAAAGUGGGAGUAAAGAAGCCACAGCCUGGAAGCCAAAGGCAGGAGAAGGAGGCAUACAUCAAAGCAAAAUAUGUAGAAAGAAAGUUUGUAGAGAAGCAGCCUGCAUCAGUAUCUCUGCCUGAAUCUGGAACAAAAGUUUUGCCUCAAAGUCAGGAGGAGAAAAGGCACAGUGGCCCUGAAAAGUCCCAUUUGGCAGGGGAACAAAGUGCGGCAUCCCAAAAAGUGCGAAGCAGUGACAGUGGGAUCCCACAGUGUGCUGAUGACAGCAGAGAACACCUUGCUUCUACUAUAUCAGCUAACAGUUUGUAUGAACCAGAAGGAGACAAGCAAGAGUCUUCUGUGUUCUGUGACUCCAAACAGCCUAGUCCAGGACUGCAGCUGUAUCGAGCUGCCUUUGAGAAGAAUCUUCCUGAUAUGGCAGAAGCAUUGGCCCAUGGAGCUGAAGUAAACUGGGUCAACAUAGAAGAAAACAAAGCAACACCGCUCAUUCAGGCAGUGCGAGGGGGUUCAUUGGUUACUUGUGAAUUCUUGCUGCAGAAUGGGGCCAAUGUGAACAUCAGGGACAUGAAAGGAAGAGGACCUCUGCAUCAUGCCACAGUUCUGGGACACACUGGACAAGUGUGUUUAUUCCUAAAACGAGGAGCAAACCAGCAUGCCACUGAUGAAGAUGGGAAAGAUCCGUUGAGUAUAGCAGUAGAAGCUGCAAAUGCAGAUAUUGUAACAUUGUUGCGUUUAGCAAGGAUGAAUGAAGAAAUGCGUGAAUCGGAAGGACUCUAUGGACAGCCAGGAGAUGAAAUUUAUCAGGACAUUUUUCGUGACUUUUCUCAAAUGGCAUCAAAUAAUCCAGAGAAGCUAAACCGUUUCCAGCAGUCAGAUUCCCAGAAGUCUUAAGUGUCAAGAAGGAAAAGCAUCUGAUGUCUAUAGUGCAAGUCUUUUUGUACUUCAACAGAAUGAAUUAUGUGCAUUUUGUUAGGUAGUUUGGAUAAAAUGACCACUGUAAUGUAGCUUUAGACUGUGGUAGCUGGGGAAAUGUAUGAGUUGUUUUAUG